AUGCAGUGCAGUAAUCCAAAAGGGCUUCCACCAAAGCUCAAAGAUCCUGGGAGUUUCAUCAUAUCCUGCACCAUAAGCAAUAUGACCUUGGAGAAAGCUCUCUGUGAUUUAGGUGCCAGCAUUAACUUGAUGCCUCUCUCAUUAAUGAAAAAGCUUGCAAUAGAAAAAGUUCAGCCUACAAGGAUGUCACUCCAAAUGGCUGAUAGAUCACUCAAGAUACCCAAUGGAGUUGUAGAAAACUUAUUGGUAAAAGUUGGAGAAUUCAUCUUCCCUGCCGACUUUGUCAUUUUAGACAUGGAAGAAGAGGGACACAAUUCAAUUAUCUUGGGGAUACCUUUCUUGGCCACAACAAGGGCUAUUAUUGAUGUAGAAAAAGGCGAAAUGAUCCUCAGAGUGCAUGAGGAGCAAAUGAUCAUCAAUGUUUUCAAAGCUAUGCAAUAUCCGCCUGAGAAAGCACAGCACAUGAGAGUAGAAAUGAUAGAAAAUCUGGUGGAGGAAAGUGUUUGA